AAGGCAUGUUGGUUGGGUUCGACGCGCACAUGCGUUCAUCAAAGGGGUGGGUACUGCAAACGCCCGUGAGAGUUUUUCAUAGGAGACGGCUUUCCUCUGCAUGUGCUAGAUAGAAGCUUGCUUCCUGAAGGUCUCUCCGGGAGUAGUAAGGAGCUUUCUUUCGCAGAGUGAGGGCUAGGACGUGACAACGUGGACCCAGGGUACAUACGACGCAAGGCGAGGCGAAGCACAGAACUAUGCAUGCGAGGAUAUGCUGUUCGAUUCGUGGCUUGUUAGGGAGGGUAUUCGCAACCUGACCCAGCGACCACGUAGGCAAGCACGAACGACGUCACUUGCACAAACAAUGCCAAUAGCGCUACAAGGACACGUCUACUAUAGCCUGCGCGGGCUCAGAGACACUAUGGGGUGGUGCGACGUGCAAGAAGUCGGUGAUGAGGGCGCCGGAUGCGUUCGAGCCGGGUUAGUUCAUUCUGAGCUUGGAGAGGAGAUCGAACACGGACGUAUUAGCUAUGUAUUGCAUCUCUCGGUUAUCUCGUCGCUCCUCGCUUAUAUACGUCUCUCUUCUCUCUAUAUUCGCCGCCGAAGCGGAUCACAGAUUUUCACCGUCUGCACGGCAAGGCUUCAAUGCAGGAACCACGUCACAUGGAACGAAGGCAUUAUCUACGAUGCCUUUAUCGCCGCUCCUGACCCGCAGGCAUAUCAAGAGGGAGGAUUGCUCUCCUGUUCUUCAUGGAAACUCCCGGGGAGUAAUCGCUAUCUCGAUUCCACUAUCCAGCGGCCCGCUACAUUCAAUCAUCGCCAUUAUUGUUCAAAACACAAUGGCCACCCCGACCGCACGGUUUCGCUGUAUCGGUAAAGGCUUCUGCGGAAGCGUCUGGGCUUUGGAUAACGGCAGUGUUAUUAAGAGAGGAGAUGGAGGUCUUCAGAGCCCUAUCGACUGUUCAAAGCAAAUUGGGAUGAGGCUUCCUGACGUGCUUCAGGGCCCUAUCAUUUGCCGAGCCUCCUGAUUGCCGUUGCCUGCCCCCGCCUCGGCGCCCGGUGGAGACUACCACAUACGAGUGAUGUGGGGUGUGGGAUAUAGGAUAAGUCAUCCUGGG